CAAUCAUCGGUUUCAAACAUUACUCUCAAACCACUCGUCUCUGCAAAAACAUACUUAACGUUAAUCAAAGGAUCUCGGUUUGACUUCUCCAAACACACACACAAAACAAUCAAUAAAGGGUCAAAAGGAAGAGCUUGAGCUGAAGGGAAUCAGAAUCAUCAUCGAUGGUGAAUCAUAGGGUGUUUCAAAUUCAGAAUUGUCUAGUUUGGCUCCCUCUCUUGUCUUCUCUUCUCUUACAAAUUCUCUUCCUUUUCCCGAGGAAAAAAGAGUCAUUUUUUUCCUAACUUUUGCCCCACUUUGAUCGGCAGCAGCCACAUAUUCGUCUCUCUCUCUUUUACUUUCCCACCAAACUUUUUUUGUUCUCUCUGGGUGUGGUGUGGCCCUUUUUAUUUUUAUUUUGUGGGUUUGGUUUUGGGAAUGAAGGUGCGUAAGGUAAGAAGACAGAUGAUUGCGAAAGAGCGCGACGAAUACAAAUUACGUCAACAAGGUCUUGUUGUUGAAAUGGCUUGUGUUGUUCUGCUCCUCUGUUUUGAUUAUUAUUCCAGACUCUUUUGGUUUCUCUUCUUCGGCGUCUUCUCCUACGAGAAUCACGAAGGAAAACCUAACAUCUUCUUCUUCUAGCACCCCCCCUCCUUCACCCUUCCUCUCUCUCUCUCUUCUCUCUCUUAUUCUCUCCUCCUCUCUUAACUCUCUCGUCUGUUAUUGCAUCGCGAUCUUGUUUUUUUGUUUCCCCCAAAGUUUCGAUUUUUUUUUCUUUUCCGUGUGAAAAAAUCUCCCCAAUUUGAGAUUCUGAUAGAUCCGUUAGUAUAGAGUCAUGUCUAUGGAGAUUUCUUCCGCCGGAGCUUCCGAUGAUUCCAUCCCUUACGUUGAGACAGAUCCUUCCGGUCGCUACGGCCGUUUUAAAGAAGUACUUGGCAAAGGUGCAAUGAAGACGGUUUACAAAGCAUUUGACCAUGUUCUAGGAAUGGAAGUCGCAUGGAAUCAGGUUAAGCUCAAUGAGGUCUUCAGAUCACCUGAGCCUUUGCAACGUCUCUACUCUGAGGUUCAUCUCCUCAAGAAUCUCAAUCACGAAUCUAUUAUCCGCUACUGCACAUCUUGGAUUGAUGUCAACCGCAGAACAUUCAACUUCAUCACUGAGCUGUUCACAUCAGGCACCCUUAGAGAGUAUAGAAGGAAGUAUCAAAAGGUUGAUAUCAGGGCUAUCAAGAGCUGGGCACGCCAGAUCUUGAAUGGUCUUGCUUACCUGCAUGGACAUGAUCCUCCUGUCAUUCACAGAGACCUCAAAUGUGAUAAUAUCUUCGUUAAUGGCCACCUUGGGCAAGUCAAGAUUGGUGACCUGGGAUUAGCUGCAAUUCUCCGUGGAUCACAAAAUGCGCACAGCGUCAUAGGAACGCCUGAAUUUAUGGCACCAGAGCUAUACGGAGAAGAUUACCAUGAGCUUGUUGGCAUCUACUCAUUUGGAAUGUGUGUCCUAGAGAUGCUUACCGGUGAUUAUCCUUAUAGUGAAUGCACCAACCCUGCCCAAAUAUACAAGAAAGUUACAGCGGGGAAGUUGCCUGAAUCUUUCCAUCUAAUCCAAAACAUGGAGGCCCAACGUUUUGUUGGUAAAUGCCUGGAAACUGUGUCAAGAAGAUUGCCUGCAAAGGAGCUCUUGGAGGACCCAUUCCUUGCCGCAACUGAUGAGAGAGAUUUAGCUCCUCUUUCUAGAUUGCCGCCACAACUGGCAAUCCAGAAUUUGGCUGCAAAUGGAACAGUGUUAGAGCAUCUGCCGUCAACGAGUGAUCCAACUAGAACAACGGAUAUGUCUAUAACAGGAAGGAUGAACUCAGAAGACCACAAUAUCUUUCUUCAAGUACAGAUUUUAGAUGGCGAUGGUCACAUGAGGAACAUUCAAUUCCCGUUCAACAUAUUAAGUGACACACCUCUAGAGGUAGCUUUAGAGAUGGUUAAAGAACUUGAGAUCACUGAUUGGGAUCCUUUGGAGAUUGCUGCAAUGAUAGAAAAUGAGAUAUCUUUGCUCGUCCCCAACUGGAGGGCCAAUGACUCUUCUAUCCGGCACGAAAGCUUUGGUCAUGAAGAUGAAGAGGAAAAUGAAGAUGCAGAGGAAAGCACUCGCCUUUUCUCCUCUGCUUCUUCCUCUCACGACUCUCCUGUAGCAGUUGGAGACAACAAUGACGGUUCAAGUAACGAUGUAAUGGACGGUAGCAGCAGAAGCUCUAACAAUUGGUUGAAUGCUUCAACAUACCACUACUCACCUGCAAUUGAUGAUGAUCAAAGUCAGCAUCAGCGGAGACGAGUAAGGCUACAACAGAAAAUGAGAUCGCUGGUGGACACGAGAACACAGGUGCUACACCGAUCGCUCAUGGAGUUGAUCAACAAGCGCCGUGGGCGUGGCUUCGACUCGAACUCUAACGAGCUACAACAUCAACCGUCAUCCACUAAUUUCAUUCGAAGAUGUUGA